CCAAACAGGAACAGAAAAAAAUGGAUACAUUUGAUGGAGGCAUGGCUGAAACCUCAUCUCGGUACAGUGGUGCUCAGGACAGUGGAAUUGGCAGUGACAGUGUUAAAAUUAGAAUAGUGCAAAUAGAGCAGCACAGUGGUGCUAGUCAGCACCGCAUUGCCCGUCCCUCACGCCAGUCAUCAAUUGUAAAAAAUCUAAAUUUUAUUCCUUUUGACAUAUUUAUUACAGCAAGUAGAAUCUCACUAAUGACCUAUUCCUGUACAGCCUUGCCCAAAUCAAAAUCACAAGAACAGAAGGAAGAUGAAAAAACAGGCAAGAGUUCAUUAAAUCUUUCAGAAGUUGAUUCAGAUGUUGCUAAGCCCAACCAGGCAUGUAUUUCCAUGGUGACAGCAGAAGAUCUCUUAAGCAGUAGCACUUCUUUAACUUCAGGAAAAAAAAUAGGGGUUCUCUCUCUUGAAAGUCUUCAUGCAUCCAUGAGAUCAUCUGCAAGACAGGCACUUGGCAUAACUAUUGUCCGGCAGCCUGGUCGAAGAGGAACUGGUGACUUACAACUAGAACCGUUUUUGUACUUUAUUGUGUCCCAGCCUUCCUUGCUUCUGAGUUGUCACCACAGAAAGCAGCGAGUGGAAAUAUCCAUUUUUGAUGCUGUGCUUAAAGGGGUAGCCUCUGAUUACAAAUGUACAGAUGAGGAAACUAACUAAAAGGGAAAUUAAGUUAUUGCCCAAGGCCACAGACCUAGCAAUAAACAGAGAUAUAAUUCAAACCCAGGAUUUGUUGAACUUCUGAGCCUGGACUCUCAAACUCUAGAAUCUCUGAAGUGAAGAACAAGAUAUGAAUCAACGGAUCUCUCAGACUCCAUUGGCCUACUCCAGACAAUGCAAAUGCUUCCCUAAGUUUUAACUGGAAAAUUUGUACAAAGUUAAAUGCAUACAUAAUGUGACUACAUGGUCCCACCUGUCUUACUAGUGUCAAACAACUGGGUUCAAAUUCUAACUCUGUCAUAAGAUAUAUACCUAUCUCAUAAAGCAGUUGUGAAAAUGAAGGAUUUUUUUAAAAUAACUCUAAAGUACUUAGAAUUGAGUACUUUAGUAAUGAGUAGAAGGCCCUCACAAAUGUUUGCUGUUUCAGAUUUAGUUGUUCUUAUUAUGUAGUAUAAAAAUUACUACUAAACUAGAAAGUAGAAAAACCAAGAUUUUAUUACUAGUCCUACCUUUAAUUGGCACAGUGAUCUUAUCCAGGUAGUUGACUUCUUUGGGUUUCUGUUUACUUAUCUGUAAAAUGUGAUGAUUAUAAAAGUUCUAAAGUUCUGUCAUGCUGUAAUUUGGAAUUUCUCUCUCCACCAUUACCUUUCCAAAAAUAUUUUAACUAUACUGCUUUAGCCUCAGGGAGUUGAAUAAGUCACUACCAUAUCUGGUUAUUUUUUUUUUUUUUUACUUGUUUUAAAGAUGAAAUCUUUCUUUGAAACUUUCAGGAGAAUACUGAUUGUUUCUUCACAGUUAUAAAUGCAUAAA